CUACAACUCAAGUGUCUUUCUCUUCAACUUACUUUCCACGUGACCCCUUCUUUAAACGCCCAGGCUUCCAACAAAGACAACACGACUAGGUAAUCAGCAUUCGCCUUCGUCCAUCACAAACAAAUACAUCCAGCCAUCUACCGCUUCAUAACCUCAUCCAAAACCAAAGAUGGACCGUUCAACCAAAGAACCAUCCACCCAAGCCCUCUCCGUCAACAUCUAUGGCCGCGGCGACGCCUCCCUCGGCGACAGCCCCUCGCACAUGGGCAUAGCUGUAUACGAUAUCGGCGGCUCAACCUGUCAAAUGCAUCAUAUCCGCAACCCCAGCGACGAGUACUUCAUCUACGACCCACGUGUCCAGCCUCUUCAAGAUGAUCCUGUCAUGAGAGGACGUUGCGAGUUGAUCACCUUCCCUCAGGAGAGAUGUGAACAUGUGAACAACCUACUCUCCUCAUUUGGGAACAACGCAUCUAAUAUCCCUGAAUUCGGUGUCGGUAAUUGUCAGGAUUGGGUGGCUGGUGCGGUUGCCAUGCUGGAAGAUGCCGGUGUUGUAGCGAGUGGGGAGGGUGCGUUCUGGAAGAGUAUGAUUAAUGGGGGUGCGGAGAGUAUUAAGCGUGCGUGUGGGGAGUCCGGGAGGAAGUGGAUUGAUGGGCCGGAAAUAACGUUUGAGGGGGAUCCGGAUGCGAGGUUCAGGGAUAGAGAUGGAGAUGGUAAGAAGGAGGUUGGGAAGUUGAAGGAUAAUGAGGCUUUUAGGGAGAGGAUGCAGGUGUUGAUGGGGAAGGGUAGUAUUGUUGGUGAAGGAGGGGAGAGGAACGUGGCUGAGAGGCCGUUUUAUGUGUCUAGUCCGUUUUUCAGUCAAACGAAUAAUCGUGGCUAGUGUGGUGUUCUUUCUUAUUAUCGUUUUUGUUUUUAUGGCUCUUGCUGGCUUACUCAAAUGAAAGCACAUGUUCUCGUCUCACAGCCGUUCAUGAUGGAUUAUGGUGUUUUCACUUGCUACAUAGAAUGCGAAAGGG